AUGGCGAGACCACAGGCUGUCAUAGCCUGCUGGGCCGCUGUAGCUGCCGCAGCGGUGGUCGAGGACCUGCGUGACCCACGACUCGCAUUGUAUCUUCCGAAACAUCUGCGGGACGCCGCGCAGUACCGGAGCGCGGUCCAACGGAUCCUUCGGAGCGUCCAGGAGGUUGGCCUCAUCCCCAAGCAGCCGCUGCCACAGUUGCGGCGGAGGAUGCUGCGGCGCCGCAGCGCAGCGGUGCUGGAGCAGGCGCCAUGUGCGGUGAGUGUGCACUAUGGGCGUGAGUGCUUGGAGGAAGCGUUGAAGGCGGCCGAGGAGUCCCGGAUCUGGGUGGACUCCGUGCUUUCGGCAGAGAACGGAGAACGGAUCGAGAACGUCCAGGUCUAUCGCCCCGGGUCGGCGGCGUUGGCGAAGCUGUUGCUCCGCGAGGGCGGCGUGCGCUUCGUCGUUGCCUGGCCCAGCUGCAGCUUGGAGUCCUUGGAGCCGCCGGCAGUGGUGCUGGUUCACUGCGCCCGAGGAUGGAAUCACCUCUGCACUGAACCUUGGACAGUUGAUUCGAUCAGCUGGUUGCCUGGGGGUGACUUCCUUUGUGGCCUCGGAACCCACCUGGUCGGCCUUCAACGGCCGCUUAGCUGCCCUGUCCGCCGGGGCAGCCUACCACGCGCGCGUGGCGCGCGCGCACGGCGGCACGGGUGGCGUGGUGGAGGUGCUCCAGCGGCUGCGGCAGAAAGGCUGGCGGCUGCUGGCAGCAGAGGAGUUUUGUGA